AUGCCCACCAUGUCCUCUGGCUCCACCUCACUCCCCUGCAACCCCCUGUGCCCGCCAUUGCCGGAGAGGAAGCCCACACGCGUCAGGCAACGCGCGCCCAGAGUGGCCCAGGCCAUGCCGAUCACGGCGUGGACACGCCCCAGCGCGCGCCACGGCCACCUGCCGCCCCGACGACCUGCGCAGCCCCUGGCCCCCCCUCUCUGCACCUUGAGCAUCACCGUCGCCGCGCCAAUCCACCAGACACGCUCCCGUGCUCUCGCUCUGCUCGUCGCCGACGACCAGCUCGCCGGACCCCCCAACUUCCCUCCCUCCUCUGAGCCUCCUCGCCCUCUCUACACGCCACAUUGCUCACCACCGCCGCCCAAUUGCCACCUCACCGCCCGAGUGCCGCCGCAGAGCAAUCCGACGCUACCAUCCACCCCCGGAGCUCCGGCGACCACCGUUGAGUUCGCCAUCGUCGACACCGUCGCCCUGCAUCAGCGCCACCACUCGCCGACGUUCCAGCUCGCCGCCGACCCCCUACCUCCGCCGCGGCAGCAAGCCCCUCCCCUCGACGGAGAUGACACGCCUCGAUCGCACGAUCUGCUUCUGAUCCAACGCUCAUCAGCGCCCCGUACCGAUUCGUAUGCUGAUGACACUCUCCUCAUCUUGCCUGCUGAUGAGGUUCAGUUGUUGUUUCUGAAGGAUCUGUUGAUUGAUUUUGGAAAUGCCACAAGGUUAAGGGUCAACUAUGAUAAAUCAAAUUUAAUUCCAAUCAACAUUUCUGAAGAUAGGCUAUAG